AUGCAGUACGCUCCGUAUGCGUCUGACAUCGAGCUGCCGUUCUACACGGCCCUCGCCUCACACAAGAUCAACCAUGAUAAGCUAGAUGAUUCCGCUCGUUCGGUGCUGGGACUAUACGAGAUCCGCUCCACCGAUGCAGACAAUGCAAGUUGUCGAAUCCAGAUUCACAGCAAUGCUCUAAUCAACACUGAAGCUCCGGCGGGUUACUACCGUGCUGAGGGCAUGAUCAGAAACGUAAAUACUAUCGAAGAUUAUCGGAAUAUGGAUAAAUCGCAAAUGCUCAAUCAAGCUGGGAAGACGAUUUGGGACGCGAUUCAAGACGGUACAAUCUUCUCCUGUCCAUCUCUACUAUCCUCCUUCGUCAUUCUUUCGUUCGCCGACCUGAAAAAGUACAAAUUCUACUACUGGUUCGCUUUCCCUGCCAUCCACUCCGAUCCGUCGUGGGUCCCCGCUGCUUCACAGCCUGGAGAAGCUGGCAACGCGGAUAAGCUGCUCGGUGAGCAUCUGUCUCCUCAGCAUAGCACCAGUCUUGUGGAUGCUGUGCAGACCUGGAGCUAUGGGGUGGAUAGUCGCCAACGCGGCUUUUUCCUUGCUCGCAAGGUUCGUUCCCAGAAGGACGCCUCUGUCGACGGUGAAUGGCGUAUCGCAGCGCUAUCCGAAUAUGAGAAUGGAUUCUUCAAAGAGACAGCCUUGGAGGACCAAUAUGUGUGUUUUGCAGAUCCCUCGAACUAUGAGAGUGCACCAGGAUGGAUGCUCCGCAAUUUGUUGGUGCUUGUGAAGCAGCGCUGGGGGCUUGAUCGUGUCCAGAUUCUCCGGUACCGUGACGUUCAAUCAAGGCGCGAUCAGGGGCGCAGCAUGGUCAUUCGUCUUGAAACGAAGCCUGCAGAUAAAGAGGUCAGCUCGCGCGCUUCAUCCGAGCAGAAACCUGUUCAGAUGCCCAAGAUCACGGGGUGGGAACGGAAUCCAGCUGGCAAGUUGGCUGGCAGGAUUGUGAAUCUAAACGAAUACAUGGAUCCCGCGAGGCUGGCAGAUCAAUCAGUCGAUCUUAAUCUUAAGCUCAUGAAAUGGCGUAUCAGCCCGACGCUAAAUCUUGACCAAAUUAAACAAACCAAAUGUCUGCUACUCGGAGCUGGCACUCUCGGUAGUUAUGUUGCACGGAAUCUGCUGGGAUGGGGUGUGAGAAAGAUAACUUUUGUGGAUAAGGGCACUGUCUCAUUUUCCAACCCAGUUCGCCAACCACUCUUCACGUUCAAUGACUGUUUGAAUGGGGGUGCGCCCAAAGCACUCCGGGCAUCGCAAGCCUUGACGGAAAUCUACCCGGGAGUGGACACGUCCGGCCAUCAGCUUUCGAUUCCCAUGGCAGGUCACCCGAUCAUAGAUGAGGAUGCGACACGGACCGAGUUUGAAGCUCUCCAGAAACUCAUCGAUGAACACGAUGCAAUCUUUCUACUAAUGGAUACCCGAGAAUCACGAUGGCUACCUACAGUGAUGGGCAAAGCAGCUGGGAAGAUCGUAAUGAACGCGGCCUUGGGCUUUGAUUCAUUCGUGGUAAUGCGUCAUGGGGUCUCCGAGUCUGUGGGGACCGAGGGGGGGUUGGGAUGCUACUUUUGCAAUGAUGUUGUGGCACCUGCCAACUCUAUCAAAGAUCAAACUCUUGACCAGCAAUGCACAGUCACCCGUCCGGGUAUUGCGGCGAUAGCGUCCGCGCUUUUGGUGGAGUUACUCGUCUCGAUUGUUCAACAUCCCCUGGGCGCUGCAGCGCCGGCCCCAAUGACAAAGAGUGAUGAUCAGGGUGACCAUCCUCUGGGUCUUGUGCCGCAUCAAAUUCGAGGGUUCCUUGCCAAUUUCGAGAACAUUACCGUUACUGGUAGAAGCUACUCAUGUUGUAGCGCUUGUUCAGACAGAGUGAUCGACGCCUAUCGUGAGCAUGGCUGGGACAUGGUCAAGAGAGCUCUCAACGAGCGCGGCUAUGUGGAAGAAUUGAGUGGGCUCAGGGAGGUCCAAGAAAAAGCCGAGGCGGCCUUGGCCAAUGUAGAAUGGGACGAGGGGUCGGAUGACGGCGAGGCCGAGAUUAUUUAA